CUGUUCAGGCAUUUACGGAUCUACCCAGUCUUUCUAUCAAGGAGGCAACAAGACGUAGCAAGCAGCGAACAGAAGCCCAGUCUCCGCCAGCCUCGUCACUACUGAUAGCUCGGCCACCGUCUCCGGCGCUGCGAUCACCGCAGGGAAAAGUAUCGGGAAGAUGAAUUCGGCGACACCGACGACGGAAGAUUUUUCCUCCCUACCGCUAGAAUUCGUCGAUUUCCCUCCUCUUCCUAGCCUUUCCUCCAAUGCCAUUCCAACCCCAUCCCCGAACCCAACUUCAAGCGUCGACUCCGAUGCAUCUCCUAACCCCAACCGAUUCCUCUCCUUCUCCGUACCCAAGAAACGCCGCCGUGGCCGGCCCACUCGUUCUGCGUCAGCUGCUCCUACUUCCUUUCGACUUCCACAGGUUCCCUUUUUACCGCCUAAGAACAACAUCAACGGGGAGAGCAUUAUUAGCCCUAAUCCGAAUUCCAGCUCGUCAAGGCCGCCUGUUACCGACAUUGCUGAGGAGAUCAUCGUUAUAAACAGAGAAGCCACAGCGGAGGCGUUAACUGCGCUCUCUGCUGGGUUCCCCGCCGAUUCUUUGACGGAGGAGGAAAUUGAGGCUGGCGUGCUUCCGGUGAUCGGUGGGAUCGAGCAGGUAAAUUACACGCUUAUUAGAAACCAUAUUAUUGCGAAAUGGCGAGAGAAUAUAAAUGCCUGGAUUACGAAAGAGAUGUUCUUAAAUUCGGUGCCGGCACAUUGUCAUGGACUCUUGGAUUCUGCUUAUGACUACUUGGUUUCCCGCGGGUACAUUAAUUUUGGGGUAUCGCAAGCCAUCAAAGAAAAGUUUCCUUCAGAGUUUGGUAAGGCGAAGGUGAUCAUCGUUGGUGCUGGGUUGGCUGGGCUGGCUGCGGCCAGGCAGUUAAUGAGGUUAGGGUUUAGGGUUACGGUUUUGGAAGGGAGGAAACGGCCCGGUGGGAGAGUUUACACUAAGAAAAUGGAAUUGGAAGGGGGUGGAGCGAAUAGAGUUAGUGCUUCAGCAGAUUUAGGAGGAAGUGUGUUGACUGGAACUUUGGGUAAUCCUCUAGGAAUUCUGGCAAGGCAAUUGGGGCAUACUUUACACAAGGUGACUGAUAAGUGUCCUCUUUAUGCACCUGAUGGGAAGCCAGUUGAUCUAGAUACAGACAUGAAGGUUGAGGCAGCAUUUAAUCGAUUGUUGGAUCAGGCAAGCAGGCUGAGGCAGUUGAUGGGGGAUGUCUCUGUUGAUGUAUCGCUGGGAGCAGCCUUAGAGACUUUCAGGCAGGUAUAUGGAGAUGCUGUGAAUGAGGAGGAGAUGGGCCUGUUCAAUUGGCACUGUGCAAAUUUGGAAUAUGCCAAUGCAGGUUUGCUGUCAAAACUUUCCCUAGCAUUUUGGGACCAGGAUGAUCCAUAUGAUAUGGGAGGGGAUCACUGUUUUGUGCCUGGGGGGAAUGGAAGGUUGGUUCAUGCUUUGGCCGAGAAUGUUCCUAUCUUGUAUGAAAAGACGGUGCACACCAUCAGGUAUGGUAGUGAUGGUGUGCAGGUUGUUACUGGGGGUCAGACUUUUGAGGGCGAUAUGGUAUUGUGUACAGUACCUCUUGGUGUUCUGAAGAAUGGGUCAGUAAAGUUUGUUCCAGAAUUGCCACAGAGGAAGCUUGAUGGAAUAAAGAGGUUGGGAUACGGAUUAUUGAACAAGGUUGCAAUGCUUUUCCCUUAUGUGUUUUGGGAAAAUGAUCUUGAUACAUUUGGCCAUUUGACUGGCCAUUCAAGCGCAAGAGGGGAGUUCUUCUUGUUCUACAGCUAUGCCACUGUUUCUGGUGGACCACUCUUGCUAGCACUUGUAGCUGGAGAAGCUGCCCUAAAGUUUGAGAGUAUGCCUCCAGUGGAUGCUGUCUCUCAUGUUCUUCAGAUUCUUAAAGGUAUUUAUGAACCACGAGGAAUCAAUGUCCCGGAGCCUAUACAAACUGUAUGUACAAGAUGGGGUAGUGAUUCCUUCUCUCUGGGGUCUUAUUCCAACGUGGCUGUUGGAGCAUCCGGAGAUGAUUAUGAUAUAUUGGCAGAAAGUGUGGGAGAUGGAAGACUUUUCUUUGCUGGGGAAGCCACCACUAGGAGGUACCCCGCGACUAUGCAUGGAGCUUUUCUUACUGGCUUAAGGGAAGCUGCUAAUAUUGCAAACUUCGCUAGUGCUAGAUCCUCGAGGAUUAAGCUUAAUCGUACUCCAUUUAAGAACGCUCAUGCUUGUGCUUCACUUCUAGCAGAUUUAUUUAGGGAGCCUAAUAUCGAAUUUGGUAGUUUUGCUGUUAUAUUUGCUCGAAAUGAUUCGGAUUCCAAGUCAGCAGCAAUUUUGAGGGUUGCAUUAAGUGACCCUCAGAAGAGGAGUCAAGAAGGUGCUAGGCCGGAUCUACUGCAUUCCAAUAAGUUGCUCUUUAAGCAGCUGCAGUCACACUUCAACCAGCAACAAGAGCUUCAUGUGUACACUCUAUUAUCAAAACAACAGGCACUUGAGCUGAGAGAGGUCAGAGGAGGUGAUGAUGUGCGGUUGAGUUAUCUAGAUGAGAAACUUGGGGUAAAGCUAGUUGGAAGAAAAGGUUUGGGGCCUACGGCUGAUUCUCUCAUUGCUUCCAUCAAAGCUGAGAGGGGCAGUCGCAAAGCAGCUUCUACUUGUAUAGCUCUAAAAUCAGGAAUUUCUAAGCUGAAAACGGGUACUUUAAAGCGAAAAUUGAUCAGGAGGGCGAAAAUAGUGAGCAACAGCAAGUUGGCACGUCCCUUCAAUUCGAACAUGGUAAAAGUGUCUGAAGGAAUCAAGGCAAUGAAUCAGGCUCCUCGUGAAAUGAUAGGUGUAGAGGGAUAUAGUAAGACCUGAAUUGCAUGGGAGAAGACCAAGUGGCAUGUUGAAGGCACCUUACCGCUGAGGUCCUAUCCGUGGAUCUGUCACCCUGUUCCUUGAACAUACUGCAACAGAUCCGAACUCCUCUUCUUCAAUCUGUCAACUAGCAGAAAUCAAGAUCUUCCCUGAACUCAAAACAAUUGAAGGAAGUUGUGGAAUACGUAGAUGGGAUAGAUGGUUGAAAAAGGAAUUUUUGGUCGUCUUAUCUACUUUGAGCUGCUCAAGUUCCUUUACCUAUAACCCUCUAGAGUGCAGCUUGGUGAGCUGGGUGAUCUAUUGUCAAGGCUACUAGAGAAACUAAAUCAGGUGAAUGGAGGAGAUUGCACACUGAUGAUGUACAGUUGAGCAUCUAUCGACACUCCUUGAUCAGCCGGAGCUCGCAUUGGAGAUUGUGGAUGCAGCCAGAGACUUGGUAAAUGGUGACUUUGGGUACCAGGCUUCCACCAAGGAUCUACAUUCAUGGCAAAUUGAGGCCAACAUUGGCGAAUCAUGGUCAGACGACCGGUUGCAAAAUCUGCAGAACCCUUCCCCUGCCGGCUGCAGCCCGCCGUCGUUUCCUUGCAAAGGCGUCCACCCUGAUCUCUCAGCCAGAGUUUCCAUUGUUACUCGACUCGCAAGGAGCUUUCUGUCCUCGACCAGCGCGGAAAAUAACAAGGCUCGCUCUUGCUUCCUCAAAAUCUCGAGACCAAGAUGGUUAUUCUACCUCCAGUUAGGCCACCUAGAAUCACAGAGUAUCUGAAGCCCUACGUGCUACUGAUGCAUUUCAGCAACAAGUUUGUGACGGCAACAGUGAGGCACUCACCAACUGCAACAGUAGCGUCUUCGGCGAGCUCACAAGAGAAGGCCCUUAGGUCGGCCAUGGAAAAUACUCGAGAUGUAGCUGCUGCUGCCAAGAUUGGGAAGCUACUUGGCGAGCGCCUGCUGCAGAAGGGCAUACCUGCUGUUUCUGUUUUGCUGAAGAGGGAACAGAAGUAUCAUGGAAAAGUAAAAGCUAUUGUCGAUUCGGUGCGGGAAGCUGGUGUCAAGCUUGUUUAGAUUGGCUACUGCUAUAUCAGUAUGUUACUCGUCGGAGUAGUUCCAAUAACUUGUUUCUCCUAGCCCUUUUUUACUAGGACAAGAUCUAUGUGAAAACUGCUUUAUGCAUUCCAUGUCAUUACGUUGACUAAUGACGAGGAGUUUACAUAUCUUCAUGUGCUGCGCCUUUUCGCACAACUGAUUCAAUGUAUCUUAGUGAA